GCGAAGCAAAUCGGUUUCCGCCUCCAGGCUUCCGUAGGAGACCAACGAUUACAGCCGAGGUUUUUUGGCGCCCGACCCGCGGAUCUGCAGGCCCCAGAUAUAGAGGAGGCAGACCGCGUGGUGAGGAAGCAGCACUGACGAGCGCAGUGCAGUUCUUACGUGCACAACAUGGGCAAAAAGCAGACUAUGAAGGGGAAGAAAGAUUCUCAGGAUCCACAGGAGGAACCUGAAGAGUUUGUGGUGGAGAAAGUGCUGGACCAGCGUCUUGUUAAUGGGAAAGUGGAGUUCUUCUUGAAGUGGAAAGGAUUUACAGAUGCUGAUAAUACCUGGGAGCCUGAAGAGAACCUGGACUGCCCAGAGCUGAUUUCAGGAUUUUUGGAAGCACAGAAGAACAUCACAGAGAAGCCUGCCCCCGUCAAGAGGAAGGCAUCGACUGACGAGCCAGCAGAGACGGAAGCAAAGAAGAAAGAUGUGGCUGAAAAACCACGUGGCUUUGCUAGGAGCCUCGACCCAGAGCGGAUCAUUGGUGCAACAGACAGCAGCGGGGAGUUGAUGUUUUUAAUGAAAUGGAAAGACUCAGAUGAAGCAGACUUGGUCCCAGCCCGCGAGGCCAACACUCGCUGCCCUCAGGUGGUCAUCUCCUUCUACGAGGAGAGACUGACAUGGCAUUCCUGUCCAGAGGAUGAAACUCAGUAAAACCCUCCCCUGGUGUCCCUGCAGUCCUUUGCACCACUUAUGCCCUCUCUCCUCAGGACUGACAUUUCUUCUCUGGCAUGCUUUCUAGUUUUAGUCUGCUUAGUUAUAUUUUGAAGAUGUUUGAAGACUUGAACUGUUUGGAAGUCGAUGAGAGCCAUGUUAUUUGUACAUAUUUGCUGAACUGAUGGAGAGAAAACAGGUGAUGGUGUUUCUUAUUAGUCAUAAGUCUUCCGGUUUCAUAUUCUGAUUUAGUUUGGUGAUGGCAGGUUAGAAGCCAUACCCACCACUGCCUAUAAUCAUACUGGUCAGAUUUUGUAAAUUUGAUAAGCUUUGGUUUGUUAAGCUAUCAACCACCUCUGGUAUAACUGUCUCAUUUAAGAUUUUGUUUCACUCAAGUGAUGUUUUGUUCUAAAUGUGCUUUUUGUAUACUUUGUUUGUAUAUAUCAUUUGAAGUUCUAAUAAAGGUUUUAUGUGACCAAA